AUAUAGGCAAUAGGUAUAGGAAUUGUUUUUCUUAAUUAUUAGGUAUCGAUCUGCUAGUCAAGUUCGGUUUAUUAUUUUAAUCACAGUCAAAGUUAAAAAUUCAUUAGAAAUACACGUAUGUCGUGUGUACUUUUUUUUAAAUUCGCUCUUCCCGUACACUUUUGUAUACACUAUGUAGGUAGUAUAUUAUAUUCAUAGUCAAACAUAAAACGUGGGGUGGCCGAGAAGGGCGAAGUUAAAAAUAUCUUUUGUGAAAUUCGUACGCAUUUAUACAAGUCUCACAUUUUUCACUUUGAACUAGGUAGUCACAUAAUUUUAACAUUUGUAUUUUUGGGCUGCACGCUACAGUAAGGAAUAUCUUUUUAUCGUGUUGUUCAUCGACUUUCGUCAAUUAAUCCUGUUCUUCUUUUUAUACCUGCUUUCCCAAACUAUUAGCCAUUCUUACCUCUAAAUUCUUACAAAAUAUUUAAAUACACAUGGCAUCUAAUAUUUGGCUUUAUAUACUCUAUUUCGAACAUUAUAGGUAACUCGUAACUGUUAUUUUAAGAUAGGUAAUACUCUUUGCAGUUUACAGAGCACUUACCUACCUACCGAAGAAAAUAAUUUAAAAGUGUUGACCUUUUUUUACAUAACAUUAUUACUCAGCUUAAUAUUAUUGACUUCCAUUUUUCUUUUUAACGUAGGUAUUUUUGUUACAUACGUGUGUAUAGUUACUAUCACCUAGACAACUGUUGUUAAAAAAGAAUAAUAAAUGUUUAGUAUAGCCUUUAUAGGCUUAUAAUAUGUUAUACAUAUAUUAACACAUCAAAAAUGUGUCAAUCACCUGGUGGCUAUAACUGCCUACGUGCCGAUGUACUUUAUAUUUUGUUUCGUCGAAUUUAUUUUUGUUUGUACACUAUUCGAAUAUUGUCGUUUGAACUAGGCAUAGGUACUUGUAUUGUUAAAUUGAAUAGCAACACGACGCGGAGAAUAAGAUAUAAUUAUAAAUCAUUUUUUACUACCUUUUUUACAUUUUUAUUGGUAUGAUUUAAAUAUUUAAUGUACAUUACUAGAACUUACUUAAAAAUAUUAUUCACAUAAAAGUACACAUUAUUUUUAUUUAGUAGUUCACACAUAGGCACACAAAGAAUUGAACACAUACACAAUUUGUUAAGAUAAUAUAAUGGAAUCUGGAAGUAUUAAUAUUGUAAAAUAUUUGUUACUCAUCUUUAAUGUGAUAUAUGGGAUUACAGGAGUGGCUUUAAUAGUAAUUGGCAUCAUAGUUAUUGUAGAUUUGGGACGUUUUUCAAAUUAUUUAAGUGCUUCAAUUAUGGCUCCUCCAAUAUUGUUUAUUAUAUUGGGUUUCUGUAUUAUAGCAACAUGUAUAUUUGGAUUUUAUUGUAUUAACAAACAAAAUUUCAAUUUAUCAGUGGUGUUUACAUUAAUUUUACUAUCGGUUCUGGUAAUUGAAGUAUUAUUAUCUAUUAUGUCAUCAGUAUCUAAAGACAAUUUUAAUAAUAAUUUAAGAUAUUCUCUAAAAACGUCCAUGGGAAAAUAUUCAUUUGAUGAAACUGAUCGACAGUCGUGGUCUACGAUUCAACGAAAACUAGAAUGUUGUGGUGUAGACGCACCUAGAGAUUGGUCUAUUAUAUUCCCAGAAAAUCUAGUUCCUGUUUCAUGUUGUCAAAAUUUACCAGUUGAAUUAGGUGCAUUAUGCAGGAAUUUGUUUGACGAAAGAAUAAUUUAUCAAAAAGGAUGCUAUAAUGGAUUAAACAAUCGAGUGAAAACUAGAUUAACCAUUAUAAUGUAUGUUGCUUUGGCAUUUGGUCUUUUCCAGGUAAUCGGCGUCGUGUUAGCUUCUUCUUAUACGUAUCUAUUGAAAAAUAGUCAAGGAAGCAAGUAAGAUAAUUAUCGUUUUUUUUUAAUGAGAAGUUGUAAAAUUGCUGUACAUAUACUCAUUACUCAUUAUGGCAUCACACGACUUGUAUAUAAAACAAGUAGAAAUGCACAUAAUUUUAUACAAAGCAGUUGACAGCAGAAUGAUGUAGGAUUUGAUACUAAUUAUUCGAAUAAAUCCUACAACCAAAAUACGUAUUCACAAGACACGUUAAGCCGUAAAGAUCAAUUAAACAAUUUAUUAGAUGCAUUGAGAAAACAAAAAAAAAAAAUGCAUUUUUAAAAGGUGUUCAUAUGAUAUUUUCCUUUUUUUUAUAAUUGUAUGUAAAAUUGUAUAUACUAUUAUCUUCUACUUUGUAGCUAUUUAUUUAGACUUCGAUUCCUCAUACGAGAGUUUUUUUUUGUAAAUUGGUGGUACCUAUAUAUUAUUUUAUAUUUAAAUUUAUUAUAAUAUAACUGUAUAUAGAUGCAGCCACAAGUGCAAUUUCCAUUUGGUUAAAUAAAAAUAGGGUUCAUUUUAUAGUUCUUUGUUUGGUGGUACCUACAUUCAAGAAUUUUUCUCUCUAGACAUGAAUUGUACCAUUGCUGCAAUGCGUAUACUCAUCCA